AUGGCGAGUAACUCUUCAAAUGAGGAUGUUCCAAUCAUCUACAAUUAUCAAGAUCCUUCUUCAUUUAUUGCUUCAAUUCUCAUGAUCGUUAAUGGCUCAUUUGGAGUUGUUUGCAACAGUCUCAUAAUUUACAUUUUUUGCAAAGAAACCAAAGAAAGAACAGCUUUCAAUGUAAUAUGUAUGGUACGAGCAUUUGUCAACUUAUACAUUCUGAUUACAAAUCACUUGGGACUUUUUGUUCCGAUGACUUUAUCUGGAAAAGCAAUAGUGAGUAAGACUCUAGAGACUUGGGCAAUAUCAAUGUCAAACUCUUUGUAUAUGGCAAAUGAAUAUCUGACAGUGGUUAUAUCAGUUAAUCGAUUUAUUUCUUUAUUCUUUCCAUUGUAUUAUGUUAAACUUUGUGGAAUGAAACCAACUGUUGUAAUUUUGAUAGUGAUGUAUGCAUAUCGAAUUGGUGCAGUCGCCAAAGAAACUAUAAGUUUUACAGCAAUCAAUUGCUACAUCCUCUACUACGUCGAAUAUUUAUCUUGGCUCCCAGAUUUUUCCCCGCAAUGCUCUGGUAACAGCGGAAUUCUACUUUUCAUGGCUGUCAAUUUCGCUAUCGUGUCAGUGAUCAACGUGGCAACUUUUGCCAAAAUAUUCAAGUUUUACAAAAAUCAAAAUAAAACUGACAAGGAAUCACGAAAGCGAAUAAAAAAGAAUAUUUAUCUUUUCAUUCAAACAGUGCUCCAAGAUUCUCUCUACCUCAUUGACAUUUCGUUCACUUUUUACUUUAAUUCGUUCUACGACUAUCGGUUUUGGACGUUUUUCUGUGGAACCUUUGUAUGGCAAUCGUUACACUCACUGGAUGGAUUUAUCAUGAUAAUGUUCAAUGAGCGACUAUCCUUUCUCAAAAAACAGCUCUUUCAACCACUGGCGUCGAAAGUUUCUUUCGUUCGAGUUUCUCAAGUGCCAUCCAGAGUUCAUUCCAAUGCAUAAU